GUUGGCGCCACCGACAACAACAGCAGCAGACGCGCGUAUGAUGGGAGAUGGCAGUGGCAGCGCGCCCGCGCUGCAAGAGCAGAUGCGAUUGCCGGCGAAGGUCGUCGACAGUGCAGCAGACGAGGUGUCAGCGGCGCCUGUGGCGGCGAAGACAAAAUUGAAACCAGCACCACAAGACGCCAGCGGCAACAACAUCUUCACAUCCGUGUUUGGCAGCACCAGCUCGGCGGAAGCACCAGCAUCUACUUCGCGCAGUGAUUCUGGAAACCCGGCGAAGCAAAACGAAUCCGCGGGUGACACGGCGGAGAACGGGAACCCAGCACCUAAGAAGGCAAAACGCGGGCGCAAGCCAAACAAAGACCUGCCGUCUGCCCUGCCAGUUGCGCGCAUCCGGAACAUCAUGCGUGACGAGUCUGAGCACGGCAUCCUCACGCCAGAGAGCGUUGUCCUUAUGUCCAAAGCCACGAAAAUGUUUAUGCAGUGGCUGGUGCAAGGGCACACGGGCAAGACGUUUUCGUACGACGCUCUUGUGCAGCGCAUCAAAGCACACGAGCCCGUCGACUUUCUCCUCGAGUACGUACCGGAGUGUGUACCGUACGGCCAGGUGAAGGCCGAGCUGGCGAAGGUUCGCGGGGAGACGCAAGACACCAGCAUGGAUGGCGAUGAGGAGGAGGAUGAUGAUGAUGAUGAUGAUGAUGAGGAGGAGGAGGAGGAGGAGGAGGAUGCUGGCGACGACGAUGAUGAUGAUGACGAGGAGGGUGAGUCAGGUUCGGGUUCAGAGGAAGGAAGCAACGACGAUGGCGGUGAUGAAGAUGAUGACGAUGGUGAUGAAGAUGAUGACGAUGAGGGCGAGCAACAAGAGGAAGGAGGGAGCGACGAGACAGAUGACGAGUAACGGACCAAUGCACAUGUGUGGCAGGGAUUUGCGCUUGAAACAAGGAUGGAUGGAUGGGGUUAUCAUGGGUCACGUGUCAGUCGUUGUUUCUCUUCUUGUACGUACUACUUAGUUGGCUUCCAAGUGUCAUUACAAUCCGCAUUGCUCCA